UUUUCUUAUGGUUUUGGAAAGCACACUUUUCAUGUUUAAGUAUUAAAUUGUGAUUAUGUAAUUUGGAUGAAACAACCUACAAAAUGGUGCAUAAACUACGCAAUCGUGAUAUCUGUCAGUCUUCACCUCGCUCAAAUCAAAUGCAGAGUAGAUUAGCUAAAACAUUCAUGGGAAAUAUUGGUCAUUCUACUCCUAAACAUAAUGAAAUACUUCGGCAGAGAAAUGUUCUCAGUAAACGUUCAGUUUUGGUCAAUAUGAGUAAUGUGGGGCAGGAUUCCACGAUACGACUUAAUCAGAGAGAAGGAGGAAGAUCGGAUAACAUCUGCGCUACAUUUAAUAAUUUAAACAAUUCGAAAUCUCAAAUAAAGCUGCAUAAUAUAAUCGACGGAUAUAUAUUUUCGCACACCUUUGGAAAAAAGAGCGGCGUCUCAUUGUACGCCGUAAAAAAGUCAUUGAGAGAAGAACAACCUUAUAACUCUUACAGAACUUCAAAACAAGUAUCACGCUACAUUGCUUUUAGCAUCAAAACUGGCAAGUUUCAGCAAAUAACUGGCCAGGGCGCGGCUGGUACGUUCCGAUUGAAUCGCAGUAUACAUAAUGGGCAUUUGGAGACAUUGAGAAGACUUCGAAAAGUUUCGUUACAGUCCCAUACAAUACUACGGCAAAAGUCCAACAGGCAAGCUAAACAUAAUACAGUACUAUGAUUAGACUUCCAAAAUAAUAGCUCAUAUAUAUCAAUGCAGGGUUUAGCAAAACAACUAAUAAUAACUUUGUUCAACAAAAUAAUUAA